AUGGCAGAUCCUUCUGAAUUAGACUCCGGUCUGAACUUUGAUUCAGUUGACCUGAACCUCCACAUGAAUAACUUCCUUCCUCCCAACGACCCCGACUUCUCUGAAUUCAUCAACUUCGAUCUCUCUGACAUGCCCAUGACCGACUUCUUUGAAGACGCCAUUGCUAACAUGGACUCUGGCAUCGACGCUGCUGCAAUGGAUACCCAGAUUGCAGCAGAAAUGAAAUCUACUUCUACUCCAGGCCCUGCUUCGGCAGCUGACACUACAGAGACUGAGGUUGCUGGUCAAGUUGUCCCAAACCCCGACAUCUCAUCAGCAUCAAUCACCUCUGAAGCUGCUAGCCUCAGUGCGCCCAUCUCAGAAAGUCUAGCAAUCACUGCCCCUGAACCGGCUUUCACACUCUCGACUGACGAGGCUGCAAAUUCUUCCAUCGACUUUGGAGAAGCUGUUCGAGUCACAACACCAGUCAGCGCUCAUGAGGGGGCUGCCACCACUGCCAACUCGCAGGAAAUUUCUCCACCAGCUGCAGCCCAAGAGUUGCCUUCUGCCCCAGUUAAUAACACACCUGUCUCCACCCAAGCCACACAGCCAACGCUUCCAAUUGCACCAAACAACUUCCAAACCACUGAACAGUCCGCUUUUCUGCCUCUUCCGAGUUCCUCUGAGGUCCUCGACUACAAUCUUAGCAAUUUAGACUUUGAAGCUGAAUUGUCGGCCUGGUAUUCUUCCACAAUUUCCACCGAGCCUGAGGUUCAGAGUCGUGGUCUUGGCGAACUCGACACUUCCCUCCCAGUCGUUGCUGGUCCCAGUGGCAUUUCUCAUGUUGCAUCCUCAGAGCAGCCAUCCAUCAUCGAGAAUUACAACAUGAGCACAACCAGGGACAUGGACACCAACAAUACCACCAUCACUGCGCAGCCUUCAUCUGUCGCUGAUGCACUUCCUCAGAACACCAUGAAUACUCCAGCUCAAGUUCAAGCAGACGAAGCUCCCGCCCCUCUUCCACUGCCAUCCGAAGUGUUCACGGAUACUUCUGUAUAUACAGAUCAGAAUUAUGAUUGGGCUUCAACUUCUGCAGCUGUCCAGAAUGACCCACAGCAGACACUUACACCCAGCCAGCACGACGCUCAACCAGCCACCGAGGAAUUCAUACAGGCAUUUGACAAUGGACUUAUCCCUCGCACGCCACUCAUCUACACCACACAGACAAAUGACCUCAACAAUGCCAUGCUUUGCUCUCCUUUUGUUUCUCCCUUCAGCGCAAGCCCAUUCGAACCGAGUCCUGCCAGCACCCUCAGCUAUCCACAGCAGGCAACUCCUCGGCAAUCUUUUGAGGUCGAUUGGGUGAGUGUGGGCAAGAUGCCGUUACAGCCUCAUGAGCUGGCCAUUAUUGGUACUCCACUGCCAGCCAACAAGACAACUCCAACAACCCAGGCAUCCCAAGCACGUCGAAACAAGGGCAAAGGCAGAGCACAAAUUCCUGCUACCAGACAGACCCCGUCGCAGGCCGCAGCUGGCAAGAGGAAGAGAUCUGGGACUGAUCCUCAAGAACCAGCUCCCAAGCACAUACGCACAAACUCUGCACCCGAGUCAACCGUGCUACAGCAUGAGAUGGAACCCCUCUUCCAGGGCAGUGUCAACGCAAACGGCUUCGAAAACCCUCGUCAGCGCUCUUAUGAGCAACCACAGAACUUCUUCGCUGUUGGUCGCCGUAGCCAUGGUCCAGUUUCUGGAGCCAAUGGCCGACGUGUUGUGCAUCAUCAGCAACAGCAACCCCCCCAACAAUACUACCAGCUACCGCAACAGGAGUCCUUCCAUCAGCCAAUGCAGUCUGGCUUCCUGGAUACAGUUUUUCCUUCUGAGGUUCCUCCCGAGCUCAUUGCAAUGCAACAAGCCAAGGAUAUGAACAAUUUCCAUAACAACCAGAUUUCUCACCAGUCUCGUGUUCAUGAGCAGCAAUACAUUCGUCGCCAGCAACCAGCCAUGCAUCAGCAGCAGCCGGUUAUGCAUCACCAGCGACCAAGCAUGGAUUACCAUGAAGAGUAUGUGGUGCAUGAGCAGCCACUGCGCAUGCACAACCAGCAUGGCAACAUGUACCAUGCGCAACAGUACAUGUACCAUGAACAGCCCAUCAUACAUGGCCACCAGCAGUACAUGCCAGUGCAGCAACAGCAACAGCAGGCACAGAUGCAGAUGCAGAUGCGACCUCAGCACAAUCGCGAGGCCGGCGUUCCUCAACCCCAGAAUGUCAGAGCGAGUACAACCAAGAAGGCAGCUACCGGACGCGCCGCUCCCGCUGCCGGGGCACGAACCACCAAGGCCACUGCUAGCACACAGGCCCGCCCUGGCCCACCCCCUCCCACCCUCAACGCCGUCAUUGAGGCAACACAAGCUGGCUGGUGCCAAGACCUCUUCAAUUCCAACGGACCAGUCCAGCCAGAUGAGUACCUCUCAUCUUACGACUUCAAGGUCCCGGCUCCCACCGGCAUGCUCAUGAUGACCGAGGAGUACAAGAAGAUGGGCGAGAAGCAUCGCCAACAGCAGCUCGCUGCUGAAGCAUCUAGAAAUUGA